GUGGUGCAAAGAGCAGACCCCACCUUCGACGAUGACCUCGAGCAUUGGCUGCGCCGGGCGCAUCACUGGCUCGCAAAGCCGAAGCAUGAGCGCAACUACUACCGGUUCAUGAGUCUUCCCAUGGAUUCUUCCAAGGAGGAUAUCAGGAAGCAGUAUCGACGCCUUUGUCUGCUCGCAGCCUCAGACACAACUUCCGGGGCUGUCGAAAACGAGAGGGAUGCUGGCUGCAGUGUGCACGCGCUUCAUUCUGUGAAGAUCGAGAAUGUGGGCUGCUAG